AUGAAUAGUGCUCCAGGCAAUCAUAUUAAAUCAAUUAAAAAAUCAACAUCAACAAGACUUAUUUAUAUUGUAUUUUUCUUAUUAGUUUCAGUUAUAGCAUAUGUUUUUAGUUAUUGGUCAUUCUCAUGGGUCGAUAGUUUAGAUUUUUUAAAAGUUUGUAGUAAAGAGGAUAAUGCAUGCGUUGGUGCAUUAUUAGUUUAUAGAUUAACAUUUGGAUUAGCAUUAUACCAUCUUUUAUUAGCAGUUGUAAUGAUCGGAGUAAAGAGUGGAGGUGAAGGAAGAGCAAAAUUCCAAGAUGGAUAUUGGCCAGUUAAAGUUUUAAUGUUAGCAGGUUUAAUUACAGUUUCAUUUUUUAUACCAAAUAAAUUCUUUGUAGUCUAUGGUUGGGCAGCAAUUUUUUGUGCAGCAAUUUUCAUAUUAAUUCAAUUGGUUCUCUUGGUAGAGUUUGCAUAUUCACUCAACGAAUCAUGUGUUAGAAAGAUUGAAAACGAAGGCGAAAGCGGAAAGAAAUGGUAUGUCUUAUUAUUCGUUCUCAGUUUUGGUUGUAUCAUCGCAGCAAUUACAGGUACAGUUUUAAUGUUGGUAUUCCUUGGUAAAAGCUGUUCUAUCAAUCAAUUCUUUAUCGUAUUUAACAUUGGUAUCUCAUUAAUUGUCGGAGUUUUAUCAAUUAGCGAAAAGGUUAGAGAAUUUAGACCAUCAAGCGGUCUCUUCCAAAGUGGUAUUGUAAUGUUGUAUACAACUUAUUUAAUUUACUCUGCUAUAAUGAGUGAACCAGCAAGCAAAUGUUCAACAAUCGCAAAUGAUCAUCCAAAACAAUCAACAAUUAUUAUUGGUGCUCUCUUUACAAUUAUCUCUGUUUGUUAUUCUGCUUUUAGAGCAAGUGACUCUAAUGAAUUAUUAGGUCAACAUCAACACUAUGAAAGUAUUCCAAAUGACCCAGAUACUGAAACUACUGGUAUAGCCGAUGACGAAUGUGAAUGUACAGCAUACAAUUAUUCAUUCUUCCAUAUUACUUUUGCUUUUGGUGCAAUGUAUAUUUGCGAACUUUUAACAAAUUGGGCAACACUUUCAAACGUUACCUCAACUGCUCUUUCCGCUUCCGUUGAUACUGGUAUGGUAUCUGUUUGGGUUAAAGUUGUUAGUUCCUGGGUUGUUGUACUUUUAUAUUUAUGGACAUUAGUAGGACCAUUACUCUUAAGAGACAGAACUUGGGAUUAA